AUGGAGGCAGUCCGGGCCAGACUACGUAUUCUUUACCACUUCUCUGACCUCAUGUACUCAUCAUGGAGAUUACUCAACCUCAGCCCCAACAACCAGAGCUGUACAUCCCACUACAACACAGGGACGUGGGGCAUCGUCCAGGGCCAGUUGAGGCCCCUGCUGGCCCCCAGAGUCUAUACUCUCCCCAUGGUGAGGUCCAUAGGGAAGACUAUGGUGCAAGGAAAGAACUAUGGACCUCAGAUCACUGUCAAAAGGAUCUCCACACGGGGUCGUAAGUGUAAGCCCAUCUUUGUGCAGAUAGCCCGUCAGGUGGUCAAGCUGAACGCGUCUGACCUGCGACUGCCGUCCAGGGCCUGGAAGGUCAAGCUGGUGGGGGAGGGGGCCGACGAUGCUGGAGGGGUGUUUGAUGACACCAUCACUGAGAUGUUUGGAGACGGGAGUAGUGGAUCUCCUCAUCCCUCCCCCAACGCCACAGCUGAGGUGGGCUACAACAGAGACAGGUUCCUGCUGAGCCCGUCAUCCUGUCUGGAUGAGCAGCUCCUCCAGUUUAAGUUCCUUGGUAUCCUGAUGGGGGUGGCUAUCCGGACCAAGAAGCCCCUGGACCUGCACCUUGCCCCCAUGGUGUGGAAGCAGCUGUGCUGUAUUCCUCUGGUCCUGGAGGAUCUCGAGGAGGUGGACCUGCUCUACGUUCAGACACUCAACAGCAUUCUUCACAUUGAAGACAGCGGCAUCACAGAGGAUAAUUUCCAUGAGAUGAUUCCUCUGGAUUCGUUCGUGGGUCAGAGUGCGGACGGUAAGAUGGUUCCUAUUAUCCCCGGGGGAAACAGCAUCCCUCUGACCUUCUCCAACAGGAAGGAGUAUGUAGCCCGGGCCAUCGAGUACCGCCUGCACGAGAUAGACAGACAGGUGGCGGUGGUGCGUGAGGGCAUGUCCUGGAUCGUCCCUGUCCCUCUCCUCUCCCUCCUCACAGCCAAACAACUGGAACAGAUGGUUUGUGGGAUGCCAGAGAUCAGUGUGGACGUGCUCAAGAAGGUUGUGCGGUACCGUGAGGUAGAAGAGCAUCACACUCAGGUCCAGUGGUUCUGGCAGACCCUAGAGGACUUCUCCAACGAUGAGAGGGUUCUGUUCAUGCGCUUCGUCUCGGGACGGUCCAGGCUGCCCGCCAACACAGCUGACAUCUCCCAGAGGUUCCAGAUCAUGAAGGUGGACAGGCCCUAUGACAGCCUGCCGACCUCCCAGACCUGUUUCUUCCAGCUGCGCCUGCCUCCUUACUCCAGCCAGACGGUGAUGGCAGAGAGACUCCGCUACGCCAUCAACAACUGUCGCUCCAUCGACAUGGACAACUACAUGUUGUCACGCAAUGUAGACAACGCCGAGGGCUCGGACACGGACUACUGACCAACCACAGUCUGCCCAGACCCUCACCACACACAUACACACACACACACGCAACGUAGACAACGCCGAGGGCUCGGACACGGACUACUGACCAACCACAGUCUGCCCAGACCCUCACCACACACAUACACACACACACACGCAACGUAGACAACGCUGAGGGCUCGGACACGGACUACUGACCAACCACAGUCUGCCCAGACCCUCACCACACACAUACACACACACACACACACACACACGCAACGUAGACAACGCCGAGGGCUCGGACACGGACUACUGACCAACCAUAGUCUGCCCAGACCAGAUGCACCGUCAAAACAACACACCUUCACAGACCCUCACCACACACACACACACACACACACAACGUAGACCCAGGAAAGACCGGGCCUGGAUGGAAUAUAGACUGUCCUCUCCUCUCACAGACCCUCACCACACACACACACACACACACAACGUAGACCCAGGAAAGACCGGGCCUGGAUGGAAUAGACUGUCCUCUCCUCUCACAGAGCGUCACACAGCAGAAACCCAGAAGGACGGCAUCUUCUCCGUUGCCCGUUAUCAACGUACAGGAGGAAGUCACAGAGUAGCAACAACAACAGAGAGUUCAUUUACCUGUACGGAAAAAGGCCCGGUCACUUUUGAACAUUUCAUUUAUAUUCCAUGUUUCUCUACUACUCUCAACACAUAAGACAUAAUGGAUGGAUUUGAUUCAAUGUUUUUAUUUUUCACCAAAUGGGUUUUUAUUUAGUAAUGUUGUUGUUUUUUUUAAAGCAAAUUUUAAAAAACCAGAAGCAGUUCAUUGAGUAUUAUUAUUAUCAUUAUGGUUGGUUUUUUUCAUCGCUUCAUUUCUUUCAGGUUUUUUUGUUUUGUUUUAGCAUGGAGGUUUGUUUAUUUAGUCUUUGGGGAAAUGUGUAUAGGAUUAUUCAUUCACCCCAAGUGAAGAAGAAAAUAAAAAAUGAUGUUGUACAAUUGUGUAUAAUGUUUCAGUAGGAAAAUGUUUUACAUAAAUAUCCAUAUUUAUUUUUGUUUUCAAUUUUUAAAUUGCCAAUGCUGGGGUAUCCUAAAGCAGGAACAAACAAACAAAAAAACUCAAUAAAAUGCUUCAGAACGGA